CUGCGUGGCCGGUGAGAGCAGCGAGACAGCGAGACAUGGAGACCCGCCUGACGGCGGCCGUUUGUUGGACGAGCACGGAGGCCGGCUGGUGAGCCGCCCCCGACCACAGCCGCCACCAUUGCGUCGGUUAGCAUGUGGCAGGGCGGGGGCAUGGGGGGCGGCGGGGGCCACGGACAGAACAACCCCUGGAUGAAGUUGAUGGGUAUCGUGCACAAGGAGCGCCGCCACCACGACCCCAACGCCUCCGCCACCACCCUCGGCCCCCAGGCCACCGCCACCUCCACCACCGCCUCCAACGACCGCAACCUCAACCAGUCGUUGCCGAAACUGAGCAGCCAAGAUGAGGAUGGGCCGACGCAACACCGCGAGUUCUCAGGCGUGGUCAACUUCGAGCCGAUCCCCCACGACCACGACUUCUGCGAGCGCGUCGUGAUCAAUGUGAGCGGCCUGCGGUUCGAGACGCAGCUGCGAACGCUCAACCAGUUUCCAGACACGCUGCUGGGGGACCCGGCCCGCCGCAUCCGCUACUUCGACCCACUGCGCAACGAGUAUUUCUUCGACCGAAACCGGCCCAGCUUCGAUGCCAUCCUCUACUACUACCAGAGCGGUGGCCGCCUCCGGAGGCCGGUCAACGUCCCACUCGAUGUCUUCUCCGAGGAGAUCAAGUUUUACGAGCUUGGGGAAAUCGCCACCAACAAAUUCAGAGAGGACGAAGGUUUCAUCAAGGAGGAGGAGAAGCCGCUACCGGAUCACGAAUUCCAGCGGAACGUGUGGCUGCUGUUCGAGUACCCGGAGAGCUCGCAGGCAGCGCGCGUGGUGGCGAUCAUCAGUGUAGUUGUAAUCCUGCUGUCAAUCGUGAUAUUCUGCCUAGAGACUCUGCCCGAGUUCAAGCACUACAAAGUAUUUAAUACUACGACGAACGGCACAAAGAUCGAGGAGGACGAGGUGCCCGACAUCACCGACCCCUUCUUCCUGAUCGAGACCAUCUGCAUCAUAUGGUUCACGUUCGAGCUGUCGGUCCGAUUCCUCGCCUGCCCCAACAAGUUGAACUUUUUUCGCGACGUCAUGAACAUUAUCGAUAUAAUCGCGAUCAUUCCAUACUUUAUCACCUUGGCGACUGUGGUGGCCGAGAAAGAUGAACAGAUACAGUUGCCCAAGGCGCCAGUUUCCCCGCAAGACAAAAGUACUAACCAAGCCAUGUCGUUGGCCAUCUUGAGAGUGAUACGACUUGUGCGUGUUUUCCGAAUAUUUAAACUUUCAAGGCAUUCUAAAGGCUUGCAAAUUCUUGGAAGGACACUAAAAGCCUCUAUGAGGGAAUUAGGACUUUUGAUAUUUUUCCUAUUUAUAGGGGUGGUUCUAUUCUCGAGCGCAGUCUAUUUCGCCGAGUCGGGCUCGGAAAUGUCGUAUUUCAAGUCGAUUCCAGGUGCAUUCUGGUGGGCUGUAGUGACCAUGACCACGGUCGGAUACGGCGACAUGAGGCCAGUCGGAGUGUGGGGCAAAAUGGUGGGUUCGUUAUGCGCGAUAGCCGGUGUGCUGACCAUUGCCCUUCCUGUGCCUGUCAUUGUAUCCAACUUCAACUACUUCUACCACCGCGAGACUGAUCAAGAGGAAAUGCAGUCGCAGAACUUCAACCACGUCACCAGUUGCCCGUAUCUGCCAGGAACUCUAGGUGCCCACUUGAAAAAGAGUUCGCUCUCCGAGUCCUCGUCGGACAUAAUGGAGCUGGAGGAGGGCAUUCUGCUGGGCCAGCAUGAGCCCAACACUCCAGCGACUGCAUGCACCCCGGCCAGUGCCGCCCUCGCACCGGCCCUGCUAGCCAAAAAGCAGAACUGCAACACCACCGCGGCCACGGCCAAUCGAUGCAACAACAACAUCAACGCCGUCAGCAUCGAGACAGACGUCUGACUACUGGCUGUGUUGAGAACUGAUGGCGGCGGUAAACGCUUAGAGUUGGUCGUGUACACGUCGCUGCCUCGCCUAGAAUCCGCAGCUACUGCUUGACGAAUCCCAGUACACACACAGAUACACAGACACACACACACACACACACUAUAAUUAUUACUCUUAUUGUAAUUGAAUUAUAAAUUGCCGCUAUUGCUACUUAAGAGAAAAACCAAAAGAGCGCUACACCCGAGAUUUCAUAAGACAAUUAUUAAGGAAAACAGAAAACCGAUUAGACAAUUGCGAAAGCGAACAAAUUGUAUAAUCGUAGCUUCUUCCGAGCGAAUUUGAAACGGUGAUUUUUCCCUCUCUUUCGCUCUCUCGUUCGAUUGUGAUUAUUCCAGCUUGCAUGAUGGUUCAUUUUUUGUCAUUGCCAGACACACAGACACGUUCUCUCUUUGGAUAAAAAAAGAAAUCAACAGCAACACAAGGAUUAUAAGGUUGAAAAAAGGUUAAUAAUUUUUCCCAGUAGACGCAACAGCAAGAAUAGUAUGUUAUAAUAUAUUUCAGCAAUAUUGUGGUGGUAAUCAAUUAUAAGCUCUCAAAUCAGCUCAAAAACUCGCGCGCAUCAAAAACAGACACUCAUAUGAUAAUGUGUUAUUUUUAUUGUCGAGCCGCGCGGCAGCAACCCUUGCGCACCGAAUUCAAAUGUAUAAUAACAACGGACCACUCCUGAGUUUUAUCAGAAGGGGUGCCGGCGCAAAACUGAGCAAGACCGAAACGACGAUCGCACGCCUGGCCGCCGGAUUUGGACAGCACAGCUGCAGCAACCGUCCCCAAAGUGGCGCGCCGUGCGAUUUUCUCAUUGUUGGCCGCGCGCUAGCUCGAGCAGUUGAUUGUUGCAAAACCGGACGCAGUGUUGGGAUCCGACGAGAUACAAAAAAAGAAAAAUACGGAACGAGAAAAUUUGCAAAAUAAUAGUAUAAAUAAUUAAAAAAGUAUGUAUUUUACUCUCGACGAGGGACAAAAACCAACCAGCAGUUUCUGAAAGAUUAUAGUGCGGACUUUUAUCCAGCGUAAUUAAUACUACAAUAAAGACAGUGGCAGUAAAAGAAAUGUGUGAGUGCACGUCAUGUUUUUAUCCAUAUUAUAUAUUGUUAAUUCAUUGUUGUUGCCAUUACUUUCCGAGGACUCACGCUCACCACAGUCGGCCCCCUGCCAGGCAAGGAGAUGUAAAUUAUCAACUAUAAUGCGAGCGAAAUAUCGGGGGCUGGUCUACCCCCGAAAACUCCACGGCCCAGGGCGUCGAACUAGUGGGUCCCUCGUUGUACUGAUGUGUCUGAAUGGCAUAAUGUAAAAAGAAAAACGCGAUAUUAUUUUUUAACUGAAUCGAAUCUCAUAUACGAGGCAGAGACUCACCGGAUGAGGCCCCUCUCCCACUCUACUACGAUAUUUAACUGUAAUGUUGGACUCUUUCUCUCUCUGGACCCUUCCAUUUUCGACCUGGUUUGCGAACCCCCUGAACCCCCCACCGACAACCUGUCGUGAGCAUCGACGAACGAGAAUAUUAAUACUUAUAGUUUUAACGACGAGCAACCGAACGACGAAAAGAUGAGUUGAGUUUACCAAUCAUGGCUCUCGUGCUGCAUCUCUUUUUAAUUUCGUUUCUCUCAUUCGCGACCGUUGUUUAGCUUAGAAUCGCCGGUGAUUGUCGCAAUCAUUCUGCUCUGGUCCCCUCUCUGAUAUUUCCAACUUUUUUCCGCCUUUCUCUUUCACACACGCGAUUGUUUGUUGACUUGUGUCGACCACUAUCGGGAGGAUGCCCAUCCCUUUUGGUUUUAUACUUAAUCACAUACACACGAAGAGCGGACUUGAAUUCUUCUGAUUAUCAUCUCGUUGCUGCUGCCACAGACAAAAACGCAAACACACACUCAUUCACUCAAGGCAAAAAGAGAAUCGUUGAAACAGUAAACGGAGCAGAACAUAAUUUUAGGGAAAAGAGCUCAUAUUCUAGUCAUAAAAUUUAGCAUCCCUUUGUAGAGUUUAACGACUAUUUACGAGUAUAUUUGAGAAUUAGAAGAGUCAGUCAAUAUAAACGAAAAACUCUCACUCUCGCGCGCAUCGAUGAGGUAAUUAAUUCUCUCAUUCAUUAUUAUUGAGAAAAUGCCAAUCUCUUGGACUCACUUACACGAAACACACUCUCACACAAACACACACACACGCCGAGGAUUCACACGCAAACCGCGACGAGAGGCUUUCGGAAAGCCACCAUAUUCAGCUAAACGCAUAGCCGACAGAAGCAGUACCUUUGUAUUAAGUCAUAGCCGAUUGUUUCUCUCAUUCCGCCUGCCAGCCAGCAUACCAGCAGCCCCCUUUUUACCGCCAGUCGUGUAAAUGACCGCGAGUUGAUUUUUGUUCCCUUCAAAGAUUGGCAAUCUCGCCCACGAUGUUCCAACUGCCAACUCACUCUGGUCUGGACAUGAUGAUAUUUUUACUAUACUUAACACGAAUGUGUAUUUUGAGGUCGGGGCCGCGGAUGGCCUGCCCCCGGGGGCGCGUAUCAAGCCCGCAUUUUCAGCCCUUUCGGCCCAGAAUCGGCAGCCCAAAGCCCGCGGGAUCGGCCGCCGCGCGCGCAUAUCUUUUUUCGAUUCCAAACGUUAUUGUGAUACGAGAUUUGCAUUGCUAAAGAAAAAAACUAGAGUGAAAAGUACUGCUGCUUUGAUUUUUCGACUGUCCAGCGAUCAUAAUCAUGCGAAAUUUGGUUUUUUUCUCUAUCUCAUCCGAAGCCAGCCAGCCAGUCAAGGAUGUUAUACAUGCGAUAAAUUUCGGUUUUUCUCUCACAAUCAAAGAAAGCAAGGGUGACUCGUGCUAAUUUUCUCUCUGCCCCUCUCAUUACGAUAGUACGAAUGCGACUUAUUACAAAUCAACAAGUUUCUACAUAGUGUGAUGCCGUCUUGAUCGACUAACAAAGAAUAAAAAUGACAAAAAGCAAACUCACGCGCGCCACCAUUUAACUUUACUGCUAGGCCCUUAGCCAGAUUAUAAGGAUACUAAACGCGACCUCGGCCCGUCCUCGUCCCACGCAGCCGGCCCCGACGCACUCGCCGGGGGUGCAUGAUUCAGGCGGGGCGGGGGCGGUGGAGGCAGUCGAGGGGGCUAGUUUGACUCUCUCACUCCUAAACUCUCUCUAUCUCUCUCUCUCUCUCUUACUAUCUCUCUCUCUCUCUUUGCAAGACUAGCGGAUCGAUUGAUGAUUAAUUAAUUCUCCUUUACCUGCAGAGUUGUAAUUCCACUAAGCGAACAGAGUUAAUUAAAUUACUCGAAGAUAUAACCGAAAAGCAUCCCUCUUUUAAUGUAACAAAAGACGACAAAGAAUAGCCCCUAUUAUCUCCAGAAAUUACACACACAAGGACCCACACUACUUAGAGUUGUAAACGGGAAAAAUCUUCAUCACACACACAAACACACACACGCGCGCGCGGUGCGAGACGCGGUGCAUGGUGACAGUAAUUACAGUGCAUUCGAUUUUUACGAUAGGCCCCUAAGUCGAUUUUUGCGCGCAUCAGCAAUUUUUCGUUCUCGUUUCCUCUGAGAGUUUUCCGCUUCCCCUUCCGUAGGAAUCAGAGCGAAUUUUCUUACAGCAGCGAACAACGUAACAAACAAGUAAGCGUAUUAAAAAAUAAAAAAUCUCGUAGGGAAAACGCGGGAAUUUGUAAAAUCUUAAUAAGGUACACGCGAGUUUCGUUUUAUUCGCUUCUCGAAUUUGCCGAUCAACAAUCAAUCACGCAAAUUGCAUGACAAUUAACAAUCGUUGAUUAAAAAAUUGAAUACCUUCAAUUGAUGCUAUUUUCGAUCCAGACAGAAAUGAACACACACACACACACUCACACUCACUCGAAUACAAUCUCUCUAUCUCUCCGCUUUAUAUAAAGACGUAAAACGGUCCCCGCCCCUGAGGUGUAUGAAACCCAAUCAGAGUGUUGAUUUUGGCGAAGAUUUUUUAUAUAACGAAUACAAGUAUCAGGUCUUGAGGUUUAGAGCGUUACAUAUAAUUGCAAAUGGGAAAAAAUGAAGCAUAAAGAUAUCACAAAACAAACACACAUUUUAUGCCCGUCCUUAAAUUAAAAUUUAACUGUAGCUUAACAAAAAAAAGAAAGAGUUUACAUUGAAUUAAUUACUCGUUAAUUAUUACUCGACGAUCGCUUACGGAGAAGAAUUAUUCACGAAACACACAUACACAACACACACGCUGAAAUUGGGCUAUUCUGAAGUGAGUGCGGCGGAAUUUUGAAACAUAAAUAAGAUUUAACAUGAAAAACAACACUACGCUUUUUAUCGAAUAACGUCCUUGUAACCACAGAAUUGAGAUAAAAAAUAAUUAUUACUGCAUUAUUACUACAAUUUAAAAUGAAAAAAUACUGGAGAAACGCCCUGCCAAUUUUUUUAUCGUGGUGGUGAGAAAAUGUUGUAGGUUGAUUGCGGUCGUUUGACUGAUUGCUUGAUUGAUCGAGUAUUUGCAGCAGUUUCUUUUUUCGGCCAGCAGGAUAAAACUCAAUCAAAUAGCGAUACAAUUAAUUAAUUAAUUAAAGAGCGAGAAAUUAAGGAAUAUAAUAAAACAACAUGAAUCGUAUUUGGUCUUUUGCAGCUACACACACACAAACAGACACUCUUCGUAUUAAUUAAUUAAUUACUCGAUUUAAACGAAGAAUGGUGAAAAAAGAUAUUGAUCAAUACCAAAAUAUUAAAAGAUACGCUGACUGCUUUAAUAUUUGAGAAAAAAUACAGACACAUAAGUUAUAAGCGAAUUCAAAUCAAAUGAAAUCGGAUUAGCGAGUUGUACUAAAACGAAACAAUUUAAAGAGAAAAUCACUUGAUAUGCUUGAUAGGCGGUAAUUAAGUGAGAUUAUGAGAAAAAGAUGCAAAACAAAAAGUAAUCAUAAAGUGUACGGGAAAAGGUUACGCAGCCGUUAUUUUCUAUUGUUGCUGACAAGUCGCGAUUAUUAUUGUGUACUUAAAAAACUUUAUCAAAGCGGGGUGAAAAUACAUACACAAAAGCCAAAAGUGGUUUUAAAUGAGAAAAGUUUAUUAAACACUCACUCGAACACAAAAAAUGAACACGCAAGUGGAAAAAGUGAAAUUCUAAUUGUGACGUUUUACCAGCCAUGAUUGUUGAUUGUAAAACAUUUUGCAUAUUGUGUACAAUUUCAGUUCCCUCGGAUGUAAUUAUAUUCAUGGUAUAAUUAUCGCCGUACGACUCUAUUUGUCCAAGCAGAAAAUUCAGGUCGAUUCCUUUGCCGUGUGUUUGUUACUUUAUUCCUAUAAAUUGUCUCACACGUUUGGUUAGACCAUAAUUUAUUGAGAAGCCAUAUCGACGGGAAAAAUAAUGAAACAUGAAAAUCGACACGCAAGCCUUCUUUUCUUGUUUCUCUAUGUAUUUCUUUCUGUGUUUUUACACUCUUUUCAUAUUACGAAAAUGUGCUACUGUUGUUCUAAUUGUACAUAUUAUUAUUGUUACUGUAUUUUAUGCCAGUUCUGUGCGGAACUUUAUGAUUCUUAUAAAAAUGAAAAACGAAGAAAACCAAUGGUUGCUGAAAACACUGAACGAGCUGUCAUUGAGUCUUGAUUACCAAUUAUUAUUAAUGAAUUAUUAUUGCAAAAAAUAUUUAAAAUCAAUAAAAUAAACAAUGUUUUUCAACAUAAUGCAUUCAUUGUACUGUAUCUUAUGCAGGUGUAAGAAAAAAAGAGAUUUUAUAACUACCACAA